CGCGCAAAUGCGAAGAUACACAAAAGCGAACAAGAUACAAGCCAAGCGAAAACAUCAUGGACAAUUUAGUUACUCUUCGAUUUUCGAACAGUGCGGUAAAAUCUAAAAUUUACUCAAAAUAUCAGUUCGUGCGUUUUUGUGUUGUUAAUAUUAAAAACGAAACGAAAGUGACAACACAAGUUUCGGCAGCAGCCCGCAAAUGUUAUGAGAUCGCGCUGAAUUCGACGAAGUGCUACGAAUUAUUGGAUGCAACAAUACGCUAAAUAUUAAUCUAAAGUUUAAAUAAUAUCUAGUAUAUGGUGUGUUGUGGGCAAUAAUUGCAAUUAUGUUGUGCAUUUUUUAAAACGUUAACUAGUCAACUCAAUUUAUGCUAACAAAAAAGUGUGGUGUCUAACGAAAAAAUAUAGUGUAUUUUUGUUUUUAUAAAAAUCAAUUAAUAUAUAAAAAUAACAAAUAACUAAAUCAAAAAACACAAUGCAAGCGGUAAAGGCGAAAUUGUCAAAUAUUUCAAUACCAUGGAGGAUAAUUUUAAAGAAUGUGGCGGCGAUUGUGAUAGCUUUGGUAACAUUGUCAUGGCUACACCUGCGUCCAUUAGGCAUUUUCUUCCUCUCACUAUUUUUCUACUGGCUUUAUAAGACACGCUGCAAUUACCGAAUCGUACCACCGCCAGAAUUACAAAAAGUUUAUAUAUUCCGAAAAAAUCAUCCCAAAAUUUUCGACUCAAUAAUGUUUUUCUCUGCUGGCUUCCUUGCGCUCGCUGGGCCAAUCAUUACUGGCUUCUCAUUAGGAUUGGUGCUAGUAGCUGUUGCGAUAAUUAUGGCCAACCGAAUAGAGUUGGAAGACCGCCGUAAAAAACGUUAUGAAGGGGACGUCACAAAUACGGAUAGUGAGAAUUAUACUGGUAGCGAGAGCGAAACGGAAUCGGAGACAGAGUCCGAGUCGGAUGAUGAUGAUGAAUUUUUGCCAGAGACCAGCUCCAGAAAUUUGGUGCUAUUAGCAUGUGCCAGUGAGCUAACCUCAUAUUCCUUACCCACCGAGGGUGGUGCCGCUGAUGACGAUGAAGAUGAUGAUAAUGCAAGUGAUGAUAUACCAUCUGAAUUGUUAAUACCCGACUCUAUACCGGAAUUGAAUGAAAACUCCACAGAUGAUGAGGAUGAUCUGAUACCUGUCGUCAAUGUUGAUGCACUCAAUGCGGAUCCACGCACAAUCGCCAGUAAUAUAUACUUUGAGAAGGGUCAUUUCAAAUCAGACUCCAUAUCCUCCUCCUCAUCGGAGGAGAAUUUGUCGAAAGGUUUAAAUUUUACCGAUUCGGCGGCAAAUCCCGUUACAGUUGCUGCGCAAGAAGGCGAUGUUGCCGCAUUGGCUGCCAAGACCACCGCACAAGCAUUACUCGAAAGUGGCGGCAAACUAUUGCCUGCUCUUGUCACCGGCUUAAUGCAAUGGGGUAGCUUGAAUGCUGCUGCUAGCAACAACAGCAACACUACCAAUGCCGUAGUGGCAGCAGUAGCCGAAGUUCCCAAAGAGGAAGAUCGUUCCUCCGAGAGUGACUUUGAGUUCCUAGAUGAGGAAUAGGAACGCCUCCACCAUGCACUCAAGUCCAAAGAAUGAUAAAUAUAUACAUAGUUAUAUUGAUAUACAUACUGUAGAGGAAGGAUACCUUAGUAAGUGAAGCACAAGUAAAUACAGUUGUACUUAUUUUUUUAGCUACUCAGUUUGAAAAUAUGUAGUCUAAUUAUUUAAUGGAUUUGCAUCUUGGUUGUAGCAACAGCAUUUUUAACAAUUUCAAAUAAUAUUUUUGUUUAAUAUUAUUUUAAAAUUAAUAUCAUUUGCACUAUCAUCUCUGAUGCAUAUCCUUUAAAUACCAACCAUUCAACUUUGCAAACAAUAAUUACAAUAUAUAAUAUAUAAUUUCAAAAUAAUAUUGAGAACUUACAAAGCCAUAUAGAUUUGCCCGUUUAACAAAAUAACUUUUAAAAAUAUUGAUCUCAGUUUAAGGCAAUAUAAUAAUAUUUUUCGUUGCUAUCAAUCUUUUCCUCGAUAUUGAACAUCAAUUUGGACAUACUUUUUUCGGUGGUGCUUAAAAAAAAGUUAACAAUUUUUAUUAUUUCCUUAUUUUUUUAAUUUUUUUUUUUCAUUUUUUAAACUUUUUUAUUUUUUUUAGUUUUUUAUUCAGUUUUGUUUUACUUUUUUCCAUUAAUUUUUUCCUUUUCUUUUUGUAUUUUCUUAUUUUUUUUUAAUUUGACUUAAAUUUUUUUUUAAUAUUUACUUAUAAGUGCUCUGCAUUUUUUACUUUUUAAUUUUACAUUUUUUUUUUAAUUUUUAUUUUUUUAAUAAUUUUAGUUUUUUUUAAUUUUACAUAAUUAAAGAAACUUUUAAUUGAGUUUUUAAAUAUUUUUUUUUUAGUUUUUUUUAUAUAUAUAAAUUGCUCAAGAAGACAAAAUUUUAUUUAAUUUUUUUUUUAUUUAGUUUUUUCUUUUAAAUUUUAUAAAAAAAAUUAAAAAACUAAAAAAAAUAAUUGGAUUAAUUUUGUUUUUUUUUAUAAAUUACACAAGUAUACAUUUUUUCAGUUGAAAAAUUGUUAUUUUGAUAAAAAAUUUUUUAUAUGAACGCAAUUUUAUAAAAAUAUUUUGUUUUAAAAAAAUUUAAAGCAGAAGUUUUCUGUAUUUUUUAAUUUUUUUUCCCUUAUAAUUAAAACGAAAAAAAAAUUAAUUGUACAUGUUGUGUAAUUGUACCAUGUAUUUUAAUUUUUUUUUUUCAAUUUCAUUUAAUAGAAAGAAUGUUUUCUUAUGGUUUUAAUUUCUAUUAACUAAUUUUAUAAAAAAUAUUUCGGAUUUUUAUCUUAAAAUGUUUUAAUGCACAAGUGCUCUGCAUUUUUUUACUUAUUUUAAUUUUAUUUUUAUUUUUUUUUUAAUUAUUUUUUUUUAUUUUACAUAAUUAAAGAAAAUUUGAAUUGAGUUUUAAAAUAUUUUUUUUUUUUGUUUUUUUUUUUAUAUAUAUAAAUUGCUCAAGACAAAAUUUUAUUUAAUUUUUUUUUUAAUUAUAACAAAAUUUUAUUUCUCAUUUUUUAGUUUUUUCUUUUACAUUUUAUAAAAAAAAUUAAAAAACUAAAAAAAAUAAUUGGAUUAAUUUUGUUUUUUUAUAAAUUACACAAGUAGACAUUUUUUCAGUUGAAAAAUUGUUUUUUUGAUAAAAAAAUGUUUAUAUGAACGCAAUUUUAUAAAAAUAUUUUGUUUUAAAAAAAUUUAAAGCAGAAGUUUUCUGUAUUUUUUACUUUUUUUCCCUUAUAAUUAAAACGAAAAAAAAAUUGAGUUUCAAAAUAUAAAUAUAAAUUGUGCAAGAAGACAUAAUUUGAUAAUUUUUUUUUUGUUAUCAUACCAAUUUUCACUUCUAAUAUUUUUUAUUUUUUUAUUUUUUUAUUUUUUUUUUUUUAUUUUUUUUAAUUUUUUUUAAUUUUUUUCUUUUAAAUUUUAUCUAAAAAAUCAUUUUGGUAUGUUUUUUUUUAUUAAAAACGCAAGUUUUAUAUAUUCCAAAAUUAUUAUUUUUUUAUAAAUUAUGCAAAAAGACUAACCUUAAUUAAAGAUGACUUUUUUUGUUUUGACUACACCAUAUUUUUAUUUGUAAAUUUUUAAAUUUGUAUGAUUUUUUUUUUUCACUUUUAAAUUUUCACAUUUUUACGAUAUGUAUAUUUUAUCGUGGUGUUAAUUUUUUUUUCCAAAUUAAAAAAAAAAAUAAAUUUUAAAUUUUUCAAUAUUUAAAGUUUUAUAAAUCACAAGUUUUGUGGUUUUGAAUUUUAAAAAAAUAUUUUUUAUGGUUUGAAAAAAUAAUAUAUUCAAAACGUACCUACAUAUGUAUGUAGAUACUUACAUUUUUAUGUGAGUGUUCAUAUUUUUUCUGAUCUAACACUAUAUACGAUCUUACAUUUAUAAAUAUGAUAUUUAAAAACUUUAAUUCACAAGUUUUGUGCAUUUUUUGAAUUUAAAACGUUUUUUCGUGUUUUAUUACAUAUAAAAGAAUUAAUUAAAAACGUACCUCAAUUCUUACAUGAGAUCUAAAUUUUUUAAUGAAAAAAAUUGAUUUUUAAUAUUUUUAUAUAAACUUCGUAAAAAAUUCGAAUUCGUACAAAUAUUUUACUAUUUUUUUCUUAAAAAAAAGUAAUUCUAAAUUGUACAAAUUUUUUACUAAAAAUUUUUAUGAAAACUAUUGAAAGAAUACAUUUUUGAAAAUCUAUUACUUUACUUGAAAAAUACUUAUAUAAAUUUACGUUUAUUAUAAAUAUUAAAAUUGCUAGAUAAAAGCAGAUAUUUUCAAACUAUGCGACAUUGGUGCUUUGCCACAAGAAUCGUGCUUAUUUUAUAUUAUAAUUAUCUACCAAUUUUGUACAUAAAAUUUGUAAAUUGCGUAUUUAUAUAAUAAUAAUAAUUAGAAGAAGAAGAAGAAGAAAAGUUCAUACUUAUUCACUGACAAUGUAAAGUUUUUCAAAAUCAAGUAUGGCUUUAUUAUACAAAAAAAGAAAUAUUAAUUUAGCAUAUUUUUUUACUAUAUUUUUAAAUUGGAAAUUAAGAAAGAGAACUGAUUAUAUAAUUUCUAUUUUAUUUUAUUAUUUUUGUGGCUCAUAGGCAAUGGUAAAUAAAGGAUAUGUAUAAACAUAUUUGUAAACAUAUACAUAAACAAUAGAACCACCUAAACUUAAGCCUUACCUUUAAUCGAUUGAUUUUUUAUUAUUUAACUAGCAGAGUAUAAGGAAUUUGUAAAUUAACAUUGAACAUGCUUAUGCACAAUGAAUUCAUACAAAUGUAUAUCGUACAGCAGAGAGAGAUAUAUAUGUAUGUAUAUGCUGGCAUAUAAUUCUAAUAUGUAAACAUGAACAUGUGAAUCUACUGUCUUACUGUCUGUCUAUUAUAUAAUGAGAAAUUACACAUAAGUCACAUUAUCACAUUUAAAUGAGGAAUAUUGUACUAAAAUUAAGUCUUAAUGUAAAUGCUAAAAUAUAACUAAAUAUAUAUAUUUUUUAAUUAAUCCUAGUAAACGUAUAACAAUAAAUGCGAUUACAUAUACAUAAACAUAUUAGUACAUUUGUAGUUGUAUAAGUUUACAGUUACUAAUUUAAAAACGAUUCUAUCGCUAAAGAGAAUUGAGCUCUAGUGUUUAAGGAACGAUAUAUUUUAGCGGUACUCAUAGAAAUACGUAUAGCCUGCAACAUAUUGACAUAUUUGUCAUGUUAAACCUCAAGCCUGUAAAAUAAGAAACAAUGAAAAUUGGCAAAAAUCGGAUAAA